AUGGCUGCGAUGAUGGCUUGGGCACCGAUACUUAUUUUCAUGUUGCCCCUGAAGGUUAUUGCCAUGCGCGGGACUCAGGACGGUUUGCGACACCAUGACCGUGUUUUUUCCAAGUGUCGCAGUGCCAAGUGCAGUGACCAAACCUAUACCCUCAAUGGAGACAUUGGGGAGAAGAUUCGAUACCAGGAUUGUCAGGUGAAAGAGAAUCAGCCUUUCAAUAAUAUGUAUGGUGAAAAGAUGUGUGAGGAGACCUGCACGGUCCAAUUCAAUGAGGAACCCAAAACUGUCAAAGUCUGGCGAAAAAAGUGGGCGGGGACUGCAGUAUUGCCGGCAUCCAAAGGAAGAAAAAGGCAUUUGUCAAGACCGCUGCUGCAUUAG